UUCAUUUAGACGGAAGUGACGACAUCAGACCGUUUCUCCCUACCCAAAAUUCUCAAAUUCAAACAUUAGUAGACAAUGUUUAGAAAAGUUAUUCUAUGGUUAUAUACGAAUAUAUAUUAUUAUAAAGGAUACGAUACGGUGUGGUUAAAGUAUAUAUAAAAAAAUAUGGUGGAAAAUUGAUGGAAUUUUUGAAAAUACGAAUACAAAAAAUUUAGGUGAAAAAUAUAAUUUAUCAAUUAUUCUUAAGAUAUGGGAAGAGGAGAGACUACAUCCACAGCAACUACUUCAGCAUCUCAAGAUUGGGCAGGUGGAGCACCUCCUUCGUCUGUAGAUGGAAAUGGAAUCCAUUAUGAUCCAUACAGUAAUCAAUAUAUAUACGGAGUAGGCAUAUACGGUUGGAGAAAACGUUGUCUAUACUUGUUAGUCAUACUCUUAACGGCUAUGGUCAUCAUCAAUAUCGCUCUCACAGUGUGGAUAAUCCGUGUGAUGGAUUUUGGAGUGUCUGGAAUGGGAAAAUUAAGGAUAAUGAAUAAUGGAUUGAGGGUGGAAGGUAAAGCCGAAUUUCUCCAUUAUCUCUACGCGGCAGAGAUUCGUUCCAGAAAGGAGCAACCUUUAAAGUUCGAAUCUAUGAGAAAUAUCACAUUGAAUGCCAGGAAUGACGAAGGAAUUAUAACAAAUAGGUUAGUUGUAGGAGAAUCAAAAAUUGAAUCAAUGGCAGAAGAAUUUACGGUAAAGGAUCCUUAUGGAGAAAUUCUCUUCCAUGCUGAUGGCAAAGAAAUUGUAAUAGCUGCAGAUUCUCUAAGAAUUACAGGUGACAGCGGAGUAAGAUUUGACGGAUCGCUUCAAACACCAAUCAUCCGAGCCGAACCAUUCCAACAGUUAAGGCUGGAAUCCCCUACGAGUACUAUUAACAUAAAAGCACCCGAGGGCAUAGACAUAAAGUCCAGAGUGGGCGACAUAUCAGCUACCUGUCUGAAAGAUUUUAAGUUACAAUCUAAAGAGGGAGUGAUUUUACUAGAUUCAGAAAAAAUUGAAUUAAAGAAUCUUAAAACGGUACUACCAAGUUCAAGAGGGAAAACGUAUGAAAAUGUAUAUCAGUUGUGUGUUUGUGACAAUGGCAGAUUAUUUCUGUCACCUCCAAAGGGUUAUUGCCAAGCUGAUAACGAUGUAUGCAUAUAAAAUAAACUGCUGACAAUUCAAAAUUAUUCAUAAGUGGUCCAACAAAACAAGAAGACACUAAGCAUAUCUACUUUUUACCAGAUAAGCCGCCAUUUUGGAUUAUUCAAUCUCGUUUUAACAAGUCUUAAUUCGCUAUAUAGUUAAAUAUAUUAUAGAAUCUUUUUGAAAAUGAAACAGAAAUUACUUUCUAAUCACUAUCUAGCGUAAAGAAAUUUUAAUAAAUCAAGCAUUAAACGUAGGAAAUCAGAAAAAUAAAAAAAUUUAGGUAAAUAUACAAUAGAAACUCAUAAUUGUGAUAAUUUCGGAAUGACACAAGUGUCGUUUAGGUGAGUAUAUUCAAUAUGGCCGCCUUUCUUCGAUUGUCGAAGAUGAAAAGAGUUAAAAUAAUUAGUAACUAUAUGACAUUCAAUUAUUUAUUGUUAAAAAAAAAGAAAAAAAAUUCGAUAAAAUGCCAGAACUGAUUGAUGGAAGAUUGAUUGAUUUAAAGAUGGAUGUGCCUUUAAAAGUCGGGUACUGUAAAAUUAAUUAUGGCAACCCUAGGGGAUAUUCGUGUAU